CCGGCUCCAACCCGUCACUGUUCGCUCGCACCCGCCUCGGCCCGGACGCUUUCUUAGAUAAAAAAAAACAAUAUUAAAAUGGUACUAGGGAGUUUAAUGCGUUCGGCGACGAGGUUCAGCCGUUCCGGCGUUACACAUUGCUGCCGAAGAGCCUUUUACAGCACAGACAACAAAGGACGCUACUACACAAAGAAGCACGAGUGGGUGUCAGUAGAUUCAGGGAUAGGAACCAUUGGCGUAUCAAGCUAUGCCCAGGACUCGUUAGGAGAAGUUGUAUUCGUACAGUUACCCGAUGUAGGUCGGACGGUGGCGGCAGGCGAUGAGUGUGGAGCCCUUGAGAGCGUCAAAGCGGCCAGCGAGGUUUACACGCCAGUCUCCGGAUCUAUAACCGAGAAGAACGACGCAGUCGAAUCAACGCCGUCUCUUAUCAACAAGUCUUGCUAUGAGGAAGGCUGGCUGUUCAGGGUGAAGCUGUCCACGCCAGAUGAGCUCCAGCAGCUAAUGAAUCAGACGGAAUAUGAAAAAUACCUCGAAGAAUCGCACUGACAUUGCAUUUUGACAUUUUCUUGUAAGUUAGAUAGUAACGACGUCAAUCACUGAAUCUCAUGUAAAAUUAUAUUUUGAAUAAUUAAAUGCAAACUGUAAACAUCCUAAUGAUAUAAAAUUUGUUUAAAUAUAUUCUGUAAAAAUAUUUAUGUCAAGUGUAACAUCAAUUGAAUAGUUAAGAAUUAUAAGUUUUGUAAAAUAUAAUUUGGAAAAAGCAAUAAUAAU